CAGAGGUUGAACAAAUCGCCCAUGCUUUAUUUAUUUGUUUGUUUGUUUGUUUGUUUGUUUAGUUAAAUAAAUAACUCAGAGGAAGUGUUUGGUGAAACGCUCAGAGCACUGCCCCCAGACUCAGACAGGUCCGAUCUGAUCGACUGUUUCGGAUAUCCUCUGAUCGCCCCUGAGUCCCGAGCCGCGCCGCCAUGUGAUCGAGCUGCGAAGCGGACUGGCUUUUAAACCGAAGGAAAGCUCUGCGAGUCACGGACUGAAUAAGGAAGAGUAACUUCAAACACACCCGCGAGGUGAAAUCACCUGGACCGUGUCAGAAUCUCCUCACGGACCGGAAGCCGUCGCGCCUGAAGCACUGAUCUGUGAACAGCUUUAAACUCAUCACUGUCCGACCAGACGCGCGGAAAACUUUAGUAGAAAAACUUCUGACGCUUUGCUGUGGGUGUGAAUUCAGGACAUUACAUCCGACAUCGGAUUUUUUUUUUUUUUCUUUUUAAGACUGAGUAAGCGCCUGAGUGUCCGAUCCCCUGCCGGCUCUGAGUCGGUACACGGCACACGGCGCACGGCGUGUCCUUCCUCCUGCUUCCACUCUGAAUGAUCAGUACACAGCUAAGAAGAUGAGAAGUUAAUGUUCGGACACGCUGAGAGACACCUCCUGGGUCGGAUUAUACUUAGACACGCCAAUAAAAUCGCCGUUUUGAGGUUACAUGUCCAGCUUUAUUAACCGGACGGUCCUAGCUAACUGCUAGCUCGUGUACUCCCCAUGGUAAACCCACCCCAGCCGGUGCUGACGGGAGUGAAGCCGGCGCGGACCGACUGCUGUGGAGAGCGCUGUUAAACCAGCUCGCCCCGGGGAUGGAGUCUCUGUCGGGAAUUUACCGUGGAGGUGUAACCGGCAUGGACACGGACUCGGUGACCGGAGACGUGGACUCGGUUCAGGGUGUCUCUUUUUCUGUGGAGCCGCCGCUCGACGGCAUUUUGCUGGACGGAUUUUGCCAGCAGCAGGGAUGGGUGCGUGUCUAUGAUGUGAAAGGGCCACCAAGCCACCGCUUCUCCUGUGGCCAGUCACCCUUCUCCGAGCCCAGCAUCUGGGAGAAGAAGUACUGCAUUCUGACCGACAACCAGCUCAUCCUGCUUAACCGUGAGGAAGAGAUGCCUGCGGAGGUGCACGAAAGCCCCACAGCGUCCUCGUCCCAGGGCCGCAGCCUGAGGAGAACAGUCAGCGUGCCCUCUGAAGGACAGUUCCCAGAGUAUCCAGCAGAGGCAGCAUCCAUGUUGGAAGUAUCCUCAGAUCGUUCCCCCAGGCGGAGGAGCAUCUCUGGCCUUGGCAGCUCUGACAAGAACAUCUCAGUGGACGGGCCCAACUCCUCACCCUUCAAAGUGCCAGGGUUUUUCAGUAAGCGACUGAAAGGGUCAAUCAAGAGGACAAAGAGCCAGACCAAACUGGAGCGGAACCCAAGCUUCAGGCUACCAUCACUGCGGGCUCCUGAGAACGACAGGUCGCGAGGCCUGCCCAAGCUGAAAGAGUCCUGUUCACACGAGUCUUUGCUCAGUCCGAGCAGUGCUGUGGAGGCACUAGACCUCAGCAUGGAGGAGGAUGUGUACAUUAAACCGCUCCACAGCAGCGUGCUGGGACAGGAGUUCUGUUUCGAGGUGACAUAUUCAGGGGGCAGUAAGUGCUUCAGCUGCUCCUCAGCUUCUGAGAGAGACAAAUGGAUGGAGAACAUCAGGAGGACUGUGCAACCAAAUAAGGACAACUGCCGGCGUGCAGAGAAUGUGCUGCGCCUGUGGAUCAUUGAGGCCAAAGACUUGCCACCCAAGAAGAGAUACUUUUGCGAGCUGUGCCUUGAUGAUGUACUGUACGCACGCACCACCAGCAAGGUGCGCUCAGAUUGCCUGUUCUGGGGUGAGCACUUUGAGUUCGGUGGUCUGCCUGCCAUCAGUAGCAUCACCGUGCACGUGUACCGCGACGCCGACAAGAAAAAGAAAAAAGACAAGAGCAACUACGUUGGACUGGUGAACAUCCCGGUGCAGGCCGUGAGUGGGCGCCAGUUUGUGGAGAAGUGGUACCCAGUGAGCACACCCACCAGCAGCAAGGCGAAAGGCGGAGGCCCCUCCAUCCGUAUCAAGUGCCGCUUUCAGAGUGUCGCAAUCCUUCCCAUGGAGCUGUACAAGGAAUUUGCAGAGUUCAUCACCAACAACUACACUAUGCUGUGUUCAGUGCUUGAGCCUGUAAUCAGUGUGAAGAAUAAGGAGGAGAUGGCCAGCGCGCUCGUGCACAUACUGCAGAGCACCGGCCGGGCAAAGGACUUUCUUACAGACCUGGUCAUGUCUGAGGUGGAUCGGUGUGCAGAUCAUGACGUGCUGAUCUUCCGGGAGAACACACUGGCCACCAAAGCCAUAGAAGAGUAUCUCAAACUUGUGGGUCAGAAGUAUUUGCAUGAUGCCCUAGGAGAGUUCAUCAAAGCUCUGUAUGAGUCGGACGAGAACUGUGAGGUGGAUCCAUCAAAGUGCCCCAGCAGUGAGCUGCCUGAACACCAAAGCAACUUAAAAAUGUGCUGUGAGCUAGCCUUCUGCAAGAUCAUCAACUCCUACUGUGUCUUUCCCCGUGAGCUGAAGGAGGUGUUUUCUUCAUGGAAGCAACAGUGCCAUGCUCGGGGGAAGCAGGACAUCAGCCAAAGAUUAAUCAGUGCCUCACUAUUUCUGCGCUUUCUCUGUCCAGCCAUCAUGUCACCAUCCCUGUUCAACCUCAUGCAGGAAUAUCCUGACGACCGUACCUCACGCACACUCACCCUCAUCGCUAAAGUCAUCCAGAACCUCGCAAACUUCACCAAGUUUGGCAAUAAAGAGGAGUACAUGGCCUUCAUGAAUGAUUUCCUGGAGCAUGAGUGGGCAGGCAUGACCCGCUUCUUGCUGGAGAUCUCCAACCUCGAAACCAUCUCCAACACCCCAGGCUUUGAGGGAUACAUUGACUUAGGCCGUGAGCUGUCUCUGCUGCAUGCCCUGCUGUGGGAGGUGGUGUCUCAGCUAGACAAGGGUGACAAUUCCUUCCUGCAGGCGACAGUGGCCAAACUGGGGCCUCUGCCACGUAUCCUGGGUGACAUCACACGCUCACUGUCCAGCCCCACACCAAUCCAGCAGCAGCUGAGACAUUUCCAAGACCAUGGCUCCAUGCACAACAUCAAUGGCAGUGUCUCUUCAGGACUACAGAGGAUAUUUGAGGACCCAAAUGACAGUGAAAUUCGGAAUGCUAAAUCUCCAGUGCAAGAUCAUGUAGAAGUUCUGUCACGUGGAAAGGCACCCUUACUGUGCCAGCAACCAUCCCUGCACAGCACAAGCUUCUCCGACAAAGAUCGAGAGAGCCACCUCCCUAACGGGCGCAGUAUCUCCCUGAUGGACCUACAGGACUCGCACAUUCUUCAUGAUGCCCCAUCGAGAAUAGGUCGCGUAGGUUCCCAAGCAUCCAUCGGUCCACUGCCUUCCCCUCUUCCUCACCUCCAUCACCACCAUCCACAGCAACAGCAGGCCAAAGUGGUCACGCUAAGGGAAAACGUACCUCAGAGUGCACCACAGGUCCGCCGGCCUCUGCAACCAUCUUUAAGCCAGCAACGCAGCCUACAGCCUCUCUGCUUUCAGAACCCUGUAUACCAGCUAAGCAACAUGCAUGCACUCCGCUCAGCUCAGACGUCACUUCAGGCCCACUCCAGCUCAGAGAACCUGAGCACAGCAAGCUUGCACAGUGCAAGCCCCAGCACUACGCCCAGGAAAAGGUUACCUUCCACCACCAGUCUUGAGGAGGAGGAAGCACGCUCUCCCUGCUGGCAUACAGCCCUAGUUGAAGCCCAGUCAGGGCCACAGGUAAUGGCUGUAGCCAGGCAGAGUGGAGCAGGGACAGCACAUAUUGUAAAGGUGGAACAGCAAAGUAGAACAAAUGGUGGGUUGUCACGCUCACUGCCUCAUAGCACCUCACUACGCAGCAGCAGCAGUGUCAAUACAGACCCAAAACAGCAAAGUGAAGCUAGCUCCAGACAACAGUCAAUCUGCUCACGAGACAGCCCCAUCCCAAGCAACAGAACUAACAGACAGGUGCACUCUCCUGUCGAGUCGGUCACCAUGUCUCCUGUUGAGCGGACGGCAGCGUGGGUGCUGAAUAAUGGCCAGUAUGAGGAGGACGAGGAGGAUGGCCAGAGCAAGAAGGAAAGCAAGCAUGUGGAGAAGUAUGAGCAAGAGAUCUCAAAGCUGAAAGAGCGGCUGCGUGUGUCUGGCCGUCGCUUAGAAGAGUAUGAACGCCGGCUUGCGGCACAAGAGCAGCAAAUGCAGAGGCUGCUGCUGGAGUACAAGUCUCGCCUGGAGGACAGUGAGGAGCGCCUGCGGCGGCAACAGGAUGAAAAGGACAGCCAAAUGAAGAGCAUUAUCUGCAGGUUAAUGGCAGUGGAGGAGGAGCUGAAGAGAGACCAUGCAGAGAUGCAGGCGGUUAUAGAUGCAAAGCAGAAGAUCAUAGAUGCACAGGAAAAGCGGAUCAGCUCCCUUGAUGCAGCUAAUUCACGCCUCAUGAGCGCCCUCACUCAGGUCAAAGAGCGCUACAGCAUGCACAACCUUCGCAACGGCAUCUCACCCACUAAUCCCACUAAGCUCUCCAUCACAGAGAAUGGAGAGUUCAAGAACAGCAGCUGCUGAUCAGGACGUUCGCACUUGUUGAACUGUGCUCGUCCAUGCUCAGACACAGGAUCACUAACACCAGUUAGACUUUGGACUGAGAUGCAGUGUUGGUGGCCAUGUUCUCUGACUACUACAUAAAAUCUUAUGCAAGGAAUGUCUGGUUACAAUGUAUAUAGAUUGUAUCUUGCAUUGGGCUUGUACAGAAAGGAGUCAAUCAUUUUAGAAGAGUUUUAAAUUGGUUUAGAGAUGUACUGUUAUACUGCGUUAGUGAUCUUACGUUUUAAAUACAGAUAAUACCAUACAUGAGGGUUAAGAUUGCAGUCUAAAAGAUUUUUAAGUAUUGUGAAACUAAGAUAUAUAUGAUAUGAUAUAUUGAGGAUAUGUACAUAUCAGGAUAAUGGAACUGUUUUUAAAAUAAAAUAAGAAAAAAAGAAAGAUGCCAUGAAAGCACAUAGAAGAGGUUUUUGUAGCUCUUACUAAUGUGGACAAACCAACAGAAGGCAGUUUUAUGCACUCGAUUUUAUAACUCAAGUUUUCCAUGUUUUUGAUCUCCAAUUUGAACUGCUUCAUUUGAACUCAGGUUGGGUUUUGUUGUUGUUGUUGUUGUUGUUGUUGUUUGCUUUAAUAUUGUCUGAUUUAAGUUCAGGUUCAGAAGACAAACUGGCUGACUGUUUUUUUUUUUAUUUUUAUUUGGGGGGGUCACAUCAGCUUUACACCAAUGAAAUAACAAAAAGUCACCAAUAAUUUGUGACUGAAAAUGACAGAAAUAUAUUUGUUUCAUGCUAUACUAUAUGGCUAAGACUUUGUGGACACCUGACCAUCACACCCAUGUGUGCUUUUUGAACUUCCCAGUCCAGUUUUUCCCCCUUUGCUGUUACAAUACCUCCACUCUUCUCUGAAGGCCUUCCACUAGAUUUUGGAGCGUGGCUGUAAGGAUUUUCUCAUUCAGACACAAGAUCAUUAGUGAGGACAGGCAUUGAUGUCGGUGGAGGAGGCCUGAGCAGGUCACCAGAGUUCCUCCACUACCACCUUGGCAAACCGUGUCUUCAUGGAGCUCACUUUGUGCGCAGGGGCAUCGUCAUGCUGGAACAAGUUUGGGCCUCUUGGUUCCACUGAAAUGAAAUUGUAAUGCUACGGCAUUCUAUACAAUUGUGUGUUUCCAACUUGGUGGCAACAGUUUGGGCAAGAACCAUAUAUGGGUGUGAUGGUCAGGUGUCCACAUACUUUUUGGCCAUGUAGUAUAUUGAGUAUGUUUUCAGCUUUAUCCCUCUGGUGUAAAUUUACACUUAGUGCAGUCUAGAGUGUUGAUCCAUCACCAGUGUUUCCCAUUCAUAGCCUAAUAAAUACAUCGUCAGUCCUAACUAAUCCACUCUCAACGUCGUGCUUCUUUAUACAGUGGCUCGGACAGAUAUUCUGUCAGAUCAUCAGUUUCUUUCAAAGCCCUGCUCUUUUACAAUCUUAUUUCAUGUUUGCCAAUGACUACUGUUUAUCCACACUGUUUUGCCAUUAUGGCCUCGCUCUGAUGUAAACAAUAUUUUGUAGCACAGAGACGCUGAAUUUUUGCCGUUGUCACUGUUCUGUAACAUUAUAACAAGAUUGUGAGGAAUAAAGAUGGUUGACACUCCA